UCCGCCCUGCUCGACCUAACCAUUUCUGUUUCCUCAGGAUGAGGGAUGGUGAGGGACAGGGCACUCACGUCUUAGCGCUCCAGGGCCCUGGCCCUAGGGUUAGGGAGGGAACGCCCUCAGCAAAAGAACCAGGUAGGGGACCGACACCUAGGCGCACAACCAGCGGCCGCGUCCAGGCCUCUGGACUACAUUUCCCAAGAGGCUGUGGGCGCCACCGGAAGUGCUGCCGGGCUAUAAAAGCAGAGGCAGAGCUCGCUGUCCGUGUAGUUGGCCCCUGAAGAUGAGAACAAGUCCUGCAGAUGUUAAGUCUUCUUCCCAAGUACCCAGUUUUAUGAGAAUCAGAGCCCAGGCCACCUUCCUGUGAUCUGAGUCUAAAGGAGUUCUGAUCAGAAUGGCUUUGGGAUGCUUUUACCUGUCGUGCCUGGUGCUGGGCUCCCUGGGCUCCCUGUGCAUCCUCUUCACCACCUACUGGAUGCAGUACUGGCGUGGUGGCUUUGCCUGGGACGGCAGCUUGCACAUGUUCAACUGGCACCCCGUGCUCAUGGUUUCUGGCCUGGUGGUGCUCUACGGAGCUGCAUCGCUGGUGUACCGCCUGCCCGCGUCCUGGGUGGGGCCCAAGCUGCCCUGGAAGCUCCUGCAUGCAGCCCUUCACCUGACGGCCUUCGUCCUCACUGUGCUGGGGCUCAUUGCCGUCUUCCGGUUUCACAGCCACUCAAAAAUAGCCCACCUCUACUCCCUGCACAGCUGGCUGGGCAUCGCCACUGUUGUCCUCUUUGCUUGCCAGUGGUUCCUGGGCUUUGCGGUCUUCCUCCUGCCCUGGGCGCCCCUGUGGCUGCGCAGCUUCCUGAAACCCAUCCAUGUCUUCUUCGGCGCCUCCAUCCUCUCUCUGUCCAUUGGGUCUGUCAUCUCCGGCAUUAACGAGAAGCUUUUCUUCAGUUUGAAGAACGUCACUCGGCCAUAUUCCAGCCUGCCCAGUGAGGCUGUCUUCGCUAACAGCACCGGGCUGCUGGUCGUGGCCUUUGGGCUGCUGGUUCUCUAUAUUCUUCUGGCUUCAUCGUGGAAACGUCCAGAGCCGGGGAUCCUGACUGACAGACAGGUAUGGCUGCCUGUCCCCCAUUCCAGCGUAGCGCAGGCCAGAUCUAGAGGAGGACCACCCAGGAAAGACGUGAGCCUUGCCAAGAAGACUGACCAUGUAGUCUGAUGGGAAGGCAAGCAUUGAAGGUGAAAUUAGGGGAAGCCUGUGGAGACACUGGUAUGAGUGACUCAUCCCAGGGAGCGGAGUAAAUGGGGCUCCCUGAACUCUCCUUCCCAAAUUCCUGUGCUUUCACGAGAUAACACGAAGCCUUCCCUUCUCCAAGAAAGGACCUGAGCGGAGCAGAGUAAGGGGUGUGGUGCCUCUGCACUGCUGGCUUUGUUGCGGGACAGUGCUUGGUGACUAGUCCUCAAGAACAGGUCUUGCCUGUUCUCAGCCCCUUAGACAUGGAGUGUGUGCCAGGCUCUGGGACUUUGGGGCUUCCUUGAAAAAUCUGGCUGGUGGCUUGGCAGAGGAUCACCUGCAGAUGGGGGUCUGUCUGGUGUGACUCGUGCAGGUCGGGCAUUUUGACAUUCCAUCGUUAACCUCGGUGUGUCUGCCUUCUUUCAGCCUCUGUUGCAUGAUGGGGAGUGACGCAGGAAGGGGCUGCGGGAUGCCAGCGGUGCGGUCUGUCCUCCCUCAGAAAUGGCUGCGCCUGGCGCUCCCGGCCUCAACUUCUCCUUACCUCGGUGGCAGCCUGCCCUCUCCAGCCACUUCCUGCCGCCUGCAGUUCCUGGUAGCUUUGGCUUCUCCACAUUAACUUUUCAGAUCCUGCAUUUGGUCAGGAUCUUCCUUGCCCCUGUCACUCAUGCAGGGUCUGCUUGGUCUGCAGGGGGUGGGCUAAUCUCCCCCUAAGAGCCUUAGGGAAGAUGGGGGAGAAAAGUUCCGACAGCUCAGAAAAACUCCCUCGAGUGCAGUCCAGGGUGCGACACAAGGCGAGAGGAGGUAGCCGUCCCCUUGGAGGCGUGCAGUGCCCUUCCGCUGCUCUGUCCCCCCGGCCUGCCUUGCCUAGGUGUGCAGGUGGGCAGAGGCCUCAGGAGGUAACUGACAGAAGGGGAAGGGCACUGUUGGCAGAGGAGCAGAGAAGCUGGGGGCCAAGUGUUGUGAGAUGCUUGUGUGACUGUGUGGCUCCCCCUUUUCUAGCUGCUGCUUCAGCUGCGGCCUGGAUCCCGCCCUCUCCCUGUGACUUACAUGCCUGUCGCUGUCAGGCAGCCCUGGUAACCUGCCCUCCAAGCCCCAAGAGUGAUGAGUCGCAGCAUUUUCCGUGGCCGCCUUUUCUUUCUUCUUGCUGUGUGUCGGCUUUUCUGCCAAGCCUGGCCAGGUCCAACCUAUCUUCCCUCCCCAGCCUACGAUGAAAGCCAAGGUCAUUGUUGCAAAGCAUCAUUCCCAGCAGAGUCCUGGGAGCUGCUUCCGCCUUCAGAGACCUGUCUUGCUGAGAAGCAGGCUGCUUUGCCUGCACUGUGUAUGCGGCUGCUUGGCUGGCCGAACCGUGCUUCCCGGGCUGUUGCAGAGCACCAGCUUUGCUCUUCUCUCAGGGAGGAACUUGGUGGGAAGAAAGAAGCCUCAAUUCUCUCCUAAGUGCUGCCUUCUCCAAAUAAGCCCUGCCAGGCUCCCAAUCGAGGCUCCUGUGCUUAGCAGACAGCUGAGACAGGCUUACCCUGGUAGGUAGUGACCCAGCUGACUGGCACCAGCUCCAGCUGCAGGAGCUUGGCAAGAGGGCUGGGCUGGACUUUGAUUGGACUUCCUGGUUCGCUCGGUUGAAUGACUCCCAGGGCUUUGACCAGUGCCCCUGGUCUGUCAGGGAUGGCUAUACCUUUAAGACCUGGGACUGCUGGCUGUUUAGCUACU